AUGAAGCUCCUUGUUCCUGCCGCAUGUGUUGCGGCACUAUCCUCGGACGCUGUUGUCAGAUUUGUCCUGGCAAACCCCGGAAUUCCGCCGGUCCCGUCCUGCCCACCUGGCUUCGCCUUGGAAUCCAGGGGAUGUAUUAGGGCUCGGCAAGUUCCGCCAAUCACCCGCUGCCCAAAGAAGUCCGUUCUGGCAGGGAACGAAUGUGUGACUAAGGAUUUUGCUCCCGGGAUCGAGGUUUGUCCCGAAGGCUUCAUCGAGAAAAACCGCAAAUGCCGCAAAGUCAUCAAUGCGCAGCCAGAGCUAGGCUGCAGACCCGGGUUUAUUUUGCAGCCAGGCGGGGAUUGCAUUCGCGUAAUUGAAGACGAGGUCAUCACACGCUGCCCUCCGAGAAGCAAACAGACCAGCAAGGGCUGCGUCACGGUGGAGAAACUCGACGUCAUACUCAACUGUCCGCCGGGCUACGAGCUACGCAAGAACUCCUGCAUCAUGGCUCAGAACAUUGACGCAGUACCGUCUUGUCCCCCGGGGUUUGUCAUUGAAAAAGAAGCUUGCGUCCGUAGAGGAGCAGUACCGCCUAGGAUUUCUUGCCCGAAGGGGUAUAAAGCCCAAGACAACGGAUGCGUCCUCUUUGAAAAAUCCGACCUCGAGGUGCUUUGCCCUAUCGGGGAAUAUGACGGAAAGAGACACUGCCGCAAGAUUACCAUGCAGCCUCCAGUUCCCAACUGCCCGCCAGGGUUUGUAUUCCAGAAUGGAGAGUGCGUUCGCGUGCAGGAGGACAUUGCCAGAAUGACGUGCGAUAAGAACUUCAGCUUGCAGGGAGAACGGUGUCUCAAGGAGAUUACGGUUGCACCGGAGUACGAGUGUCCCCCAGGAGCGACGUUUAUGAAAGACAAGUGUGCGAUUCUCACAACAGAGAAACCUGCGCUGGUGUGCCCGGAUAAGUUUAUCCUGGCGGACGGGGUCUGCAGAAGUGCAGACGUUCGACCUGCAGAAUUCAUCUGUCCCAAAGGCUAUACAAUGGAAAAAGGAAACAGUGGCUGUACACGGUCUAACACGGCAAAGCCGGCGCUAGCAUGCGAGCGCGGAGAGCUCCGCAAGAACGAGUGCGCAGUGGUUCAGAUGAUGCCUCCCGAAACUGCCUGCAUUUCGGGUGGAACGCUGGCGCCAGAUGGCUGUCUCUUCAUCGACACUGCGCCUCUAAGCUACAGGUGCCCGACGGACUUUAAGAUGGACGUCAACGGCAAGUGCGCAAUCAUCGAGAACGUGGAACCUGACUACAUUUGCCCUCCAGGCUUCGUUCGAUCCGGAACCAAAAAGACCUCAUGCGAAAGAUACUUGACGUCCCCCGCAGCUAUCAAGUGCCCUGCAGGCUUUGAGCCCGCAGGCACAAAGUGUAUGAAAACGUCCCUCGUCGAGCCAGUCGCAACCUGCCCCGAGGGCCUCGUGUUCCACCAGAACGCCUGUAUCCCCUACAAAGCCCACGGGAAGAAGAAGCUAUAA